AUGCUCUUCCAAGAUCACACCCUCCUGCUCGACGUUGCUUCUGGCGCUAUCCAAGAUCGAACUCCCGGGGGAUCUUACGACAGGGUCCUCUACCUCAUAAUCGCCAUCAAAGCCCUCCAAGUCUGCCUCGGUCCCCUAUACUUCUACCUCGAUCGCAUCUGGUUGGGAGGCUCUCUCCGUCUCUCUGAGAAGAAGCGACUCGAAAAGCUUGUGGAGAAGAAGGAAUACAAUUUGGACCACGAAGGCUGGAGAAUUAGCAAGCUUACGACCAGGGUCGUUGGAGGCGAGCUGGUGGGGUUGGUCAUCACGGCUUGGGUGGUUUACAUUGUUUACUCUCUGGGCACUUGA